UGCCAAACUCCAUAAACCUCCCUAAAUAGAGAAGAAGAACGACAGCACUGUAAUACCUACAGUUUGUGGAUGUGCCAUGGCGAAUCUGCGGGUUCUCGAGCUUUACAGUGGGAUAGGAGGGAUGCAUUAUGCUCUAAAUGAGAGUGGCAUACCUUCCCAGGUAGUAGCUGCCAUCGACAUAAAUACCACAGCCAAUCAAAUCUACAGGCACAAUUUCCCCGACACCUGUCUCUGGAACAAGACCAUUGAGGGCAUAACACUUGAUGACUUCAAUAAAUUAUCUUUUGACAUGAUUCUGAUGAGCCCUCCUUGCCAGCCUUUCACCAGGAUAGGACUUAAGGGUGACAUUUCUGACCCCAGAACUAAGAGCUUCCUCUACAUCCUUGAUCUUCUGCCAAGGCUGAGCAAGCUGCCCCGCUUCAUCCUGCUGGAGAAUGUGAAAGGCUUUGAGACCUCCUCUGCAAGGGAACGUUUGGUGAAAACACUGAUGGGAUGUGGAUACACUUUCCAGGAGAUCAUGGUUUCACCCACAAGUGUUGGAAUCCCAAAUUCAAGACUGCGUUAUUUCCUGAUUGCUAAGAUUUCAACAGAAAACUCAAGCACCCUGACAAGUUUUAAGAUUUUAGAUGCCAUCCCACAUCCUGCUGAGAGUGAUUCUGCUGAGCUGCCAACAGCCCUGGGUCCUCCCCAUCCAGGUACCUGCCAGCCAGAAGAGGAAAUACCAGGGGGUCAUGUCCUGUAUAAACUAGAGACAACAAUGGAUGCCCAAAGGAAGAUAAAUCAGAACCAUGAUCUGUCUGUCAGGCAGAUCCAAGAUUUCCUGGAACCACAGAUGGAAGUAAUCUUGGAACAUUAUCUCCUUCCUCCUAAAACACUGCUGCGAUAUGCUCUGCUCUUGGAUAUUGUUCGGCCCACAUGCAGGAGGUCUGUCUGCUUUACCAAAGGCUAUGGGCGGUAUGUGGAGGGAACUGGCUCAGUACUGCAGUGCAGCAUGGAAACAGAGAUUCAAAACACCCUGUGCCAGAUGCAGCAAAGCAACCCCAGAACAUAACUGAGCCUCCUCCAUGUUUCACAGUAGUGGUGUCCUCCUCGGUCGUCUUCCAUUCAGUCCACUUUGGCUCAAACAGCGACGGAUGAUGCAAUCUGACACCUUGACCUUGGAGUUCACCUCUAAUCUCUUUGGAAGCUGUUCUGGGCUCUUUGGUUACCAAUCGUAUUAUCCAUCUCUUCAACUUGUCAUGAGUUUUCCUCUUGCGGCCAUGUCCAGAGAGGUUGGCUUCAGUCCAGUGGACCUUAAACUUCUGGAUAAUAUGUGCAACUGUAGUCACAGGAACAUCAAGCUGCUUGGAGAUGGUCUUAAGCCUUUUACCUUUAACAUGCUUGUCUAUAAUAUUGUUUCUAAUUCCCUGAGACAAUUCUCUCCUUAGCUUUCUGUGGUCUAUGUUCAGUGUGGUACACACCAUGAUACCAAACAGCACAGGGACUACUUUUCACCCUUUAAAUAGGCAGACUGACUGAUUACAAGUUUGAAGACACCUGUGAUGUUAAUUACAGGACACACCUUAGUUUAACAUGUUCCUAUGGUCAAAUUAUUUUCAGUCUUUUUUAGGGGUGCCAUCAUCAAUCAUCCAGGCCAGUUUCAUUACUUUGUUUUUUAAAUCAUUCUGUUGAACCACAAUUCAAAAUCAAUGUUCAUUUUCAGUAAAUUUUUAUUUACUA